AUGACUAAAGGCAUGAUAUGGCAUCAUGUUCCCACCGAUUUAAAUCCUGCCGACAUUUUAUCAAGAGGAGCGACUCCAGACGAACUCUUAACUUCAUCACUUUGGAAAUGUGGACCACCGUUUUUGCUUGGCAAUCGAAAUACUUGGCCUGCAACUUUUUGCCUCCAGCAUGACUUGCCUGAAAGGCGUAAGACUAUUCUUGUUUCAACCGUAAAAAUAACUGAUAUUUCAGUUAAUUGUAAAUUCAUCAACACCUUUUAUAAAUUGCAACGUGUAUUUGGGUAUAUUCACAAAUUCAUUACCAAAGACCGAUCUGCUAUCUUAACAACUAACAACAUACUGCAAGGUACUGUCAUAUUAAUUCGAAUGGUUCAGAAGGUGAAUUUAUGUAAUGAUUAUCACAACUUGGAAUGCAAAAAACCAAUCAGCUGCUCAAGUAAGUUAUUUUCUUUAUCACCUUUUUUAGAUGAUCAUGGCCUGAUUCGCGUUGGUGGUCGAUUAAAAAACUCCAACCUAGACUUUAAUGCACAGCAUCCAAUUAUAUUGCCCAAGCAUCAUCCGCUCACUUCUUCCAUCAUUAAUUAUUUUCAUCGCAAAAUGCUGCAUGCAGGUCCACAGUCUUUGCUUGCUUCAAUGCGUCUUCAGUACUGGCCGAUAGGAGGUAGAAAGCUAGUAUCAAAAGUCAUUAACCAAUGUAUUAUAUGUUUUCGAGCCAAACCAACAACUGCAAAGCAUAUCAUGGGACAAUUACCUAAGGAUCGUGUUCAUCCUACUCGUGCUUUCGUCAUUACUGGCACGGACUUUUGUGGUCCUUUCUAUUACAAGGCCGAAACUCGCAAUAAGUCUCCAAUCAAAUGCUAUGUUUGCUUAUUCAUUUGCUUUGCAACCAAAGCUGUCCACUUAGAAUUAGUCAAAAAUUUAACAACGUCAGCAUUUCUAGCAGCACUACAACGUUUCGUUUCAACUCGUGGCAAACCUAAAAUUAUUUGGUCAGAUAAUGCUAUAAAUUUUUGCGGUGCCAAAAAUCAACUGGCCGAACUUAGAAGACUUUUCUUCUCUCAAAAACAUCGUGAGCAGCUACAACAGCAAUGUCUUAGUGACAGCAUUGAAUGGAAGUUCAUACCUCCUGGUUCGCCACAUUUUGGUGGCCUGUGGGAAGCUGCCAUAAAAACAGCGAAAUGGCACUUCUGCCGAGCAAUUGGUCUAACAAUUUUAGAUUUUGAUGAACUACGCACACUGGUUUGUCAAAUUGCUGCCAUCAUUAACUCGCGUCCGCUCUUCCCACUUUCAGAGUGUCCCGAAGAUCUUGAUGUUCUCACACCUGCCCACUUUCUAAUUGGUGCUCCAUUAACAUCUAUCAUUGAGCCUGACCUAACAAUCUUGAAUUUCAAUCGACUUGAUAAUUGGCAGCGUAUCUCACACAUACAACAAGUUUUUUGGAAACGUUGGAGCACUGAGUAUCUUACAUUGUUACAAGAACGAAUAAAGUGGCGAAGCUCUACUCCUAAUAUGUCUCUCGGUGCAAUAGUGCUUUUAAAGGAUGAUAAUCUUCCACCACUGCGCUGGUUACUAGGUAGAGUUAUUGAAAUUAUACCUGGUCCCGAUGGUGUCGUACGUGUUGUGGUAGUGCGUACAAAAAAUGGGGUUUUCAGACGUGCCGUGACAAAGCUUUGCAUCUUGCCUGUAAAUGAUCCCUCUUGGAACGCGACCGUUCCAAUGGGGGGAGAAUGUUCGUGA